AUGAAUGAUGCAGAGAAAGUUCAUGUUGCUCAAGCAAAAACUGCGAACAAGCCUCCAAACACUGUCAUGGAAUACCCGAAGGGUAUCGAAGUCUUCUUCAUCAUGACUGCGCUGGUGCUCAGUAUUACCCUAUGUUCCCUGGAUCAGACCAUUGUCGCAACUGCUAUUCCAAACAUUACCGACCAGUUCCACAGCCUUGACGAGAUCUCGUGGUACGGCUCGGCCUAUUUUAUGACGCUCGGAGCAUUUCAGUCCACCUGGGGUAAAGCAUACAAGUACUUUCCCCUCAAGACGAGUUUCCUGGUGGCCAUACUCAUCUUCGAACUGGGGAGCUUGAUCGCCGCCGUCGCCCCGGACUCAACGACCCUGAUAGUUGGACGUGCCGUCUCCGGUCUCGGUGCCUCGGGGAUAGCGCCUGGAGUUUACACUAUUGCUGCCUUUGCCGCCGAACCUAGCAAAAGAGCCACCUACACGGGAGUCAUCGGUAUAGCAUAUGGCGUUGCCGCCGUCUGUGGACCACUCAUUGGUGGAGGGCUCACAAAAGGGGCAUCCUGGAGGUGGUGCUUCUAUAUCAAUCUCCCAAUCGGUGGUCUAGCCGCUUUUGUCAUCUUGCUCACCUUCAAGACCCCAAAGGCCGCCAAAGUGGUCGAGGCGACAUUGAAGGAGAAGCUUCUACAUAUGGACCCGCUAGCGACGGUACUCACGAUGGGUGCACUGGCGUGCUUGCUUCUAGCUCUUCAGUAUGGGGGCGUGAUUCAUUCGUGGCGUUCCAGUGUCGUUAUCGGGUUACUAGUUGGCUUUGUUCUCAUAUCCAUCGCACUUGUACUCGCAGAACUCUGGCAAGGGGAGCGCGCGAUGUUGACACCACGCCUUAUGCGCAAAAGGACUGUCUGGGUCAGCAGCGUGUGGGGCUUUUUCUUCAUUGGCGCGUAUCUCAUUACGCUCUACUACCUGCCUAUCUAUUUCCAAAGCGUCGACGACGCCAGUCCAAUUGGCUCGGGGGUGCGAAACAUUCCUCUCAUCGUCAUGUUCAGUAUUGCCACAUAUGGCUCUGGCAGAGCCAUCACGAAGACGGGGAUUGCGACCCCUUAUAUGGCAGUGGCCUCGGUGAUCGUGACCAUUGCCUCUGGCCUAAUGUACACUCUUGAAGUUGGCACCUCGACAGGCAAAUGGGUAGGAUAUCAGAUGUUGGCGGGCUUCGGAUAUGGCCUCGCCCUGCAAGUUCCGGUUGUCGUUGCGCAAGCGUCUGCUGAGCCGAGCGACAUAGCCCCCACGACCGCAAUCAUUAUCUUUGCUCGAUCGGUCGGCGGUACACUUUUGCUCGCUGCUGCUCAAUCUGGCUUCGUCAAUCAGAUCGUACACAAGCUUGCCACUACCGCACCCAGUGUCAAUCCCGCCCUGGUCACGGGUACCGGGGCCACUGAAGUGCACAGGUUGUUUUCUGGAGCCGAGCUGCACGGUGUUGUCCGUGCGUAUGCAUGGGGUAUCAAGGUUAUUUUCGCAAUUGCCCUCGCAUGCUGUGGCCUCACUCUUCCUUUUAGCUUAUGCAAUAAAUGGACGAACGGCGUUGUUGAGUCUAGUGUGCCCAUGCUCGAAAAUGUGGAUCCUGACUACUGCGGUGGAACUCUCACUGACGCCACACAGCGAUCGCACCCAAAACAAAACCCGACUGAUGCCAAAGAUACAACUGUCACCAUAAGUCCCAGAUACAACCGCCGAAUUUCGAUCUGCCGACCUUGGGACGCCCCAGAGCUGCAAGUCUCUCCACGAAGGUGCCCCGAGCGCCGGCUAGAUCUUCGCUCCUCCUGGAACUCCACUCAUGCUUCCCCAGUUCUUCGCCGAACAUGGCGCACAGGCGAUCGAACGGCAGUCCAGGUGCGCGGGCCCUUUCCGACCCAAGAUCUAGAUUUGGAUCAAUUGGAUGGUGUUGCUCCUUUGGGUCGAGACUCGCAGCAUCGAUCAAGUCCAUCCGUGCAUCUCAGCUUCAUCCCUCCACCACUCAAGGGCCUCCUUUCCUACUGUGCGUUCAACGGUAGGCCUCGUUCGCCGGGGGUGCUUACUGUUGUUCCAGGCUCCUUGGCCUCAUUCAUCGGUCCUGACAAUUGUCCUGUGACGGCAAUUCAGCAAGCAACCAAGCCCUACUAUAACGACGAGAUCACGCAACGCUCGAGCGCGAUACGAGAUCCUGGCCCUUCCAGCAUCUAG